UGAUACACAAAGCCUACUGCUGGUCUGGUCUGGGAGGGGAUUGGCUAGAAACUGUUGAAACAUUUUGAAUCAGUAGCAUUUGACAGUGCGGUCGAGUACGACGUGUGUUUUGUUGAGGUGGAAAUUUUGGAUACUUUGACGACGGGCAAUCCGGAUUAGCGAACGAAACCCGCAAAAGAGUCCUUCAAAAGUUUAAUGAAUAGAGUAUGCUGCUGAUUGUGAUCAGGCUAUAAUGAGUUCAAUUUGUUUAAGUGUCAUUUUGUGUUGGGCUUUGCAGAAACCGGAACGGACAGUUCAGCAACAGUGAUUAGAUCUGCAAAUAAGUGUGGGCUACUUUGACGACCAGAAAACUAUUGGUUGGUUGAUUCACUGGAAGAGGCGUGAAAAGGGAUUGCUGUUGUUGAUACAGUUUGUGAAGUGGGUCCCCAUCGAAAUUGAUAACUUUUGAGUGUUCCCUCAUAUUGGGUUAAUCGGAUUCCAGUUUGGGAUACUAGUGUCGAAGGAGUGUGAGAGCGAUUAGAGUGUGUGAUUAGUGUUCCAGUGGGAUCAGGUGGACACGUGUGCGAUGAGUCUGCCCAGUGGUGUUGACAUGUCUAAUCUGAUGCAACAGCAUCCGGUGCUGGGGGCACUGCCACCGGCCUUUUUCCUGAGGGCAGCCUCGGAACGGUACCAGCGAACGCCGAAAUGUGCCCGGUGCCGGAACCAUGGCGUGGUAAGCGCCCUGAAAGGUCACAAACGAUACUGCCGAUGGCGGGAUUGUGGAUGUGCUAAAUGUAAUCUCAUAGCGGAACGGCAACGGGUGAUGGCAGCACAGGUCGCCCUCCGACGACAGCAGGCUCAGGAAGAGAACGAAGCUCGGGAGCUGGGUCUUCUAUACACCGGUGGGGUCCAUUCGGUAGGACCCUCAGUAACCGACACGAACGGAUCCGGCCAACCCUCGGUGGGCCCCUUUCACACCGGAAUUCCAUCGCCCCCGAAUGAUUCGGACGGUGGCAAUCGAGGCAGUUAUGGAACCGUUGAUGAAUCGGAAAACCCCCGCCUACGCUCGGAACGUCUCAACUCCGCCUACUCACCGGAUCAGAGCGAACCUGACAGUCCCGGAUCCAAACGGCAACGUCUCUCGACGGAAACGGACCACGACACCGGAUCGGAAUCGUCCCCGAGCAGCCCGCGCCUGAAAGGGGGGCUCUUUUCGUUGCCCAUGAAGAUGUCCCCGUCCCGAAAUGGCCCGCCCAGCUCGCCGGAAUCGGAUCUGGAUGUGGAUUCGGCACCGGAUGAUUCGGUUGCGCCGGAGAAUCUAAGCCUGAAGAAGGAUACGUCUACUUCCAACAAUGGCAAUGGCAAUGGAAAUGGAGGUGGCGAUAGUGUGCACAACAAAUCGGUUUCACCCUCGGAUCGGGCAUCGCCUCCAGUAGGAUUGGGGCUCAAUGGGGUGCUAGCGAAUGGGAUCGCCGGAAGUGGAUCGAUGGCUAGUUUGGGCUUUUUGCCCUAUCACGGGCAGGUUCCACAGUAUCAGCACGGGCUUGGCGUUGGCGGGUCGCCAACCAGUACCCGGUCCCCGGUGGAUGUUUUGCUUAGAGUUUUCCCAAACCGGCGCAGAACCGAGGUGGAACAACUGCUGCAACGGUACCGAGGUGACGUUGUCCAGGCCAUGGAGGCCAUGCUUUGCGGCGAUGAUGGCCUACACUCGAGUAUGAAUCUCCCGAAUCCGACCUCCCCGUUCGCCAUGAAAUCUGCCUUUUCCCCGCUGCUCCCGCCGGGAGCCUUCGGAGCGCCAGCCGUAAGCCGCAGCUACUCUUCGUUCCUGCAAGCACACCAGGCCCACGCAGCCAAGCGGUUUCUCUCGGCCCCGUACGCCGGAACUGGAUACCUGCCGACGGUUUUGCAGGAUCAACAGGAACAACAGGGUGAACAUGCCAACGGUGGAUCUUCGUCCACUUCCUCUGGAGCUAGCGGGGGAGGUCCCUGUGGCGAGGGACAGGAAUAAUAUACAUUCAUUAAUCUGUAAGAUUUUUUGAGGUCCCCGGAUGAAUCGAGGCUUAUCGUGUAAUCAAUUGUGUAACAUAGACGUACUUUUUUGAGUCGAUUUUUUGUGUAAGUUUCGUUUCCUGAUUUUUUAAAAUAAUUUUUCCUUUUUUCAUUGUACAGAAUUUAGUGUAGUUAAAACAGGAAAACAAUCAAAAUAGGACAAGCAUGUUUCCAGUUAGAACCUUUGAAUACGUAAUUGAUUAUGAUCUAGUUGAAUCGGAUGAAAUAUUUUUGUAAAUAGUGGAAAACUUUAUCAUUAGGAUAUUAGUAGAACAGAUUCAAAUGGUUCCAGAAUAAUGUUGAUCAUCCGUUCAUGUGUAUGUAUGAUUGAAACAAAGUAAAGGGGUUUCAUUAUGUAUAAUUGAUCUAAGUUGUAAAUCAGCAAUAACGAUGUGAUCCACAUCUUCAGAAUAGCUACAACAAUCUGAGAAGAGAAAAAAAUGGAAAUAUAUGAACCACAAAAAAUAGGAAUCAAAUUUAUAACGAACAGACAAAAACAAAAAAAACAAGUUAAACCUCCUAGCUUCCUUAUCCAAUCGUAAUCGGAAAUCGCUAACCCGCUAACACUAAUACGUAAAUAUCAAACAAAACAAAACUAUAACAAAUUAUGCUUAAACUUGUAGCCUUAAGACCCACACUCUGAGCAGAGGAAUCUCUCGAACUCAACUGCUCCAUUUCGCGAUCAAACAAACAGACAUUUCCUUCCCCCCUCGAAAUCUUGUAGUGUAUAUCAACCGACUACCCCCAGUGAAAUAAAGAAGGUGCCAUAAUCA